AUGAAUUCGAUUUUUUACUUAUCAGACUUAGCGAUCCCCUCUGAUAUGACAAUAGGUUCUAUACUAGUUUAUCGAAUCAUGAGUUCCAAGAAGAAAAGAGUGUCGCACAUCACAGAAAAUAUAUGUCAAUAUGCAGCUAAGGCCAUAACAAUUGCUCUCCAAGUAACUGUCAUUGAAGAUAAUGAAGUAGAUUGGAAUCUGUUCCUGAUCGCGGAAAAGGAGACAAUAAUCAACAGUUACUGUGGCACGCAUCUGAACAUGUUCAAAGGGACAUGGAAACAUCGGUUUAAGGAAGUGGCUUCAAGGUUAAACUUUCGUAUAAAAAAUGAUUCCGGUGACACUAAUAACUGGCAAACCUUGAUCUGCGACGAAUUGAAGGCCAAAAGAAAGACGUCUUCUAUAUCAGCAAGUACAAAAAGCACGAAAUCAGUACAUAACAAAUCUAUCAGUGCUGAUGAUAAAAAAAGUGCAAUUACUUAUUUAGAGAAUUUAUCUGUUGAGGAGAAAUGGAGGUUGAAAAGUGGAAGAUUUAUAGAAGACGUCGUAAUGCAAGCAAUUAACGAUAGUACUUUCGAGCAUCCCUGUCUGUCUUAUAUUGUUGACUUGGCAGAUCCCAUCUGGCCCAAUUAUUUUUCUCCCGAAGAAACUGAUGAAGUAAGAACCUACAACUCCGUCGAACUUCCUGAUUUACAAGACGAGAUACAAAAUUGUAUCAAUCUUUAUGAUAACAGCACCUUAAAAACAGCUGCAGAUUACUUCGAAUUUGCUUCGGAUCAAAAGCUGAAGUUUAGUGAUUCUUUUGAGAAGCGCUGGAUAAAAGAAUCCAUUAUGAAUGCUGCUGGUUUAUUUGAAGAAGGCGAACUGUUGAAUACAAAUGAUUUUUCCGAGGGUGAUUUGCUCCAUACUCUUUGGACAUCUGUAUAUCGAGCUUUCAAAAAAAGCGAGGUAAAAGCCAAGCUGGGUGAGCGUACGAGUGUCUCUUCUGCUCUUGGCAGAUACGAAGGUAGAUCUCUGGAGUUCAGAGAAAGAAGAGAAAGAAAAGUAAUAGGUGCAAAGGUAGACAUCCUUUUUAAAAAAAUCACUGAUGAAGUUGGGUGUACCGAAGUCGGUAAGCAUGAUGUGUUGGUAAUCGAUGAUAAAUACCUUGAUGAUGGUAUGGUAAAGUUACCAAGGACAAUAAGAGAUAUGCUUUGCGGUCUUGUCGAGGUCAACCCUCAUAAAAUCAACCAACUGUAUACAAUUGGUUUCUUCAUGAUGGACUUUUACCAUUUUGCAAAUAUGCACACGACAGCGACUGGUACUUCGUGCGUGCCAUCGAAUUCCAAAGCCUCUUCACACUAA